ACUCGGGACUCUCCCGUCCUCCUCCCACGCGCCUGGCCCCGCGGGACAUGCCCGGCAGAUACUGAGCGGGCCGCUGGCCUGGCUGCGGGGUGGGGGGGUCGAGGCCAUGAGCGGCUUCCAGCUGGAAGACUUCGUCGCGGGUUGGAUCGGAGGUGCAGCCAGUGUCAUUGUUGGCCACCCUCUGGACACGGUGAAGACUCGCCUGCAGGCCGGCAUUGGCUAUGGAAACACACUCAGCUGCAUUCGGACUGUGUACAGGAGGGAAACCGUGUUCGGCUUCUUCAAGGGCAUGUCCUUCCCCCUGGCCAGCAUUGCUGUCUACAAUUCGGUGGUGUUUGGGGUCUUCAGUAACACCCACAGGUUCCUCAGCCAGCACGGCUGCGGAGAGCCCGAGGCCCGCUCUGGCCGCAGCCUGUCUGACCUGCUCCUGGCCAGCAUGGUGGCAGGUGUGGUCUCUGUGGGCGUGGGCGGGCCCGUGGACCUCGUUAAGAUCCGCCUGCAGAUGCAGACACAGCCGUUUGGGGAAGCCACCCAUGGUUCGAAGUCUAGGGCCUCGGCCCCGGGGAGGCAGGCUGCGUACCAGGGCCCAGUGCACUGCAUUGCAACCAUUGUGCGGACCGAGGGCCUGGCGGGGCUGUACCGCGGGGCCAGCGCCAUGCUGCUGAGAGACGUCCCGGGAUACUGUCUCUACUUCAUCCCCUACGUGUUCCUGAGUGAAUGGAUCACGCCCGAGGCCUGCGCGGGCCCCAGCCCCUAUGCCGUGUGGCUGGCAGGCGGCACAGCAGGAGCCAUUUCCUGGGGGACAGCAACUCCGAUGGAUGUCGUGAAAAGUCGACUCCAAGCAGAUGGCGUCUAUUUAAACAGAUACAAAGGUGUUGUGGACUGUAUCUCUCAGAGUUACCAGCAGGAAGGCCUUAAAGUGUUUUUCAGGGGCCUCACGGUGAAUGCGGUGCGUGGCUUCCCCAUGAGCGCGGCCAUGUUCCUCGGGUAUGAGCUGUCGCUGAAGGCACUCCGCGGGGACCACAGCGUGACAAGCCCCUGAGUGUCAGGUCCGCGCGCGCUUCUUCCCUAGCCAGGUCAAUGAAUGCUGACAGAGCCUGCGGAACCAGCGCUAGUGAGCGACCCGACAGGAGGAAGGACCCGAGACACACGGGCUGUAUCAGGUGCGCCUGUGGCCAUCACACUAGCCUGGGAGCAGCUGCUUUCAUCACUACAGGCUCGCUCUCUUUCUCUCUGUUCUUCACUGGGAAGGAAGGGGCAGGGCCACUGAGUCACCACCUUGGAAGGAAGCAACUGACUAUACUGAUCACAUGGUCACCACCUUUUGCAGCUCUGGACCAGAACCUGCUAAACUGGGACAGAAUAGAGCCCGUGCUCAUGGCUGUUGUAAACUUAGUGAGAACUCACUACGGAAGAGCUGGAGUGGGCUCUAACUUUCAAAUAAAAGCCUUGGAGACCCCGAUGGGCUGUUUCUGUGUCAGGUGCCUCUCCCUGGAGGCAAGCAGCCUUCCUUCUCUGCUCAGGCCCCUGGAGAUGUUGCCAGCCCAGAGAGAAGCAAGUGCCAUGCAGGGGAGCAGAGGAACCAAGGGUGGCAAUGUUGCUUCUUCUCUCUUGGGUGCGUGAGGUGGGCAGGACGGCACGGUGGCUGGACAGGGGCCCAUAGGAGAACAAAGAUGGAAGAUGCUCUUCCCAGCCUGAGCAGGGUAUCCGUUAUGCAUGUGUCAGUGAGGGUAGCCUGAGCCCCAAGGGGGUAUACAGUGGACCUGACUUGCACAUGCAAACCAAAACAGCACCAAUGCCUUGUCCACAGUCUCCCUUCCAGAGUGAUUACCCUUCUGUGGUUUAGUUCCUACUGGAACCACACAGGAGGUCAUGGCUACUUCUCUGUAAGUGGCACGUAUCCAUGACAUCACUUCCAGUGCUGGAACCAAGAAAACAUAGGGGCUGGAGAGAUGGCACAGUGCUUAAAGGCACUGCUUGCAAAGUCCGGUGGCCUGGGGUUUGAUUCCCCAGUGCUCAUGUCAAGCCAGAGGC